AGUGAGAGAAAGGAAGCAUAAAGGCAAUUCAUGUUUCAGGAUCUCCACUCCUGAUAGCUGUCUGAUACAGUAGCUGGAUUGUUCACUCUGCCCUGAACAAGUGAGAGGUACGUGUAAGUAGCUGGGGAAGUACAGAGAUCUGAACUACAUGGAACUGAAAUAUCAAACCACACCUCGGCUCUGAGAGGCUGGCCUCCUGACCUGAACUCUGCAUCCUGGACAAUACUGAAUAAGCAGGGUUCCUGUCACCUGGAUUGCUUGAAUCUUCACCUCUCACCUUGAGGUCUAUAAUGAAAAGCACAAGCCCCCUGGGGAACCCUGGGGUUGCCUUGUUAUUUCUUGUAUGCCCCCUGCUGGUGAUGCUGAGAUGCACAGCCAAUAAAACAGACAAUGGGAAUGUUGCAGAAACUGACCCAGAGAGAUGCAUGAGGCACCACUUUGUGGACACAAUCACCCAUCCUUUAUAUAAAUGCAACUCUAAGAUGGUCCUUCUUGCACGCUGCGAGGGGCGCUGUAACCAGACCUCCAGGUCAGAGCCUGUCAUCUCCUUCAGCUCUAUCCUCAAGCAGCCCUUCAGGUCCACCUGCCACUGCUGCCGGCCCCACACCUCCAAGCUGAAGGCUGUGCGUCUGCGCUGCUCAGGAGGCACCCGCGUCACUGCCACCUACCGCUACAUCCUGUCCUGCAACUGUGAGGAGUGCAGCUAAUCCCUGGGGAGGAGACCACACCCCAGGGCCAUCAUUAGCACCUGGGUGUGUGGGUUUAUAUAGCCAACACAGAAUGCUGUUUUUUUGGUACUAGCACAGAAGAAGCAUGAGGGAACCUAAUGAUGCAAUAACAACCCAGAGGGGGCGCUGUUGAAUCCCUGUGUGUAAAUCACAUUAUUUAACAGGGAAGAGCGUUCAGGCUGGUUCAUUCUUCAUAUAGUGUACUUGGAGACAAUAGUCUCCCUCACUAGUAUAACAUCCUCCACUGACGACAGUCAAUGCACUGCCCUGUUGUCGCCAGAUUAACCAUGUGACGUGGGCUUUCACAGCGCCCCCUGUGGGCAAUUUUUUUUAUUGUGUCACUGUGUUCCAAAUUGCUUGUUCGGUGCCAAUACCCAAAUGCAGCACUCUGUGUUGGCUAGAUCAGCCACAGAAAUGAUGGCUAAACCCCACGAGACUUUCUUUUUGAAAUUGCAACAAAACUGCUUACUAAUGAAAUGGAUUUCUAAAAGCAGUGUCUCCCGCACAGUUUUAUUUUAUUGUAGGUUAUCAGCCACCCUCUUUUAAUUUAUAUCACUAAUUAAAGUGGACCCUUACUGAAUAGUUUGAAAAAUACCAAAUAUUCGCAGAAACUCUAGCAGAACCAUUAGCUAACCACUAUAUUACCAGCAAUGACAAGUCAACAUCAAUGCAUUUUGAAUGUUUGGUUCAUACCAUUUCCCCUUGCUGUGGGACUAAUGCAUUGUCAUUGUAGUGCCACUGCAUUGCUGGAAGAGAGGUGUUUUAGAGACCCCACAAACCAGCAUCUCAGUGGCACACCCCGACACACACCAGGUCCCAGCAAGAAAUCAAGGACAAACCUGCAAGCUAUGGAUUGGUGAGCGCCCCCUAGCAGAACUCUUAAACAUGAGCUAGAAAGAACCAUUCCGACCACCAGACUACUGUUUUUUUUUUUUACUUUUUAAACCAGGAAGACUGAAGCCUGUUUUUUUUUUUCACAAGAGUCUCCUUGUUGUUUCUGAACUGCUACUGAAACGAAAUUGGAAAGUGAACUUUUGACAACACUGAGCUGCUUUCCUUAUUCUGGGAAUCCAGCCUUCAGCAGUGCUUCCAGUACUCCAUUCUGUUUUCUUCUUUUUUAAAGACACAUUGUUAACACUCACACAAGCAAAUGCAGUGCACAAAAGUAAGCGUCUAAUUCUGUCAAUGUUUGAACCUUGUAUUCUGUAUGAGACUAAACAUCUAAUGAAAUAUAACUUGUGAAGUGGUCUAUAUAUUACAAACAUGAUGGCUUCUUUGCAGGUUAUAGAGAAGAGAUUCCAAUUAGUCUUUUUUAAUGCCUCAUAUAAAUCUACACUACAUCAUAAAACCAGCCUGUAAAAUCUCAUCUCAUUCCAGCACUGGGGCUGAAAUGUGCACUUUGGCUUUAAUGAAUGUUUAAUACGAAUACACAUUUACUCUUCAUGUCUUGACGUUCCAGGAGGCUUCACAAUUAAAAAAUUAACUGGACUUGUAGUUAUAAUCCAUUCCAAAAAAAAGCUUUAUAAUGCUAAAUAAUUUGUACGUGUUGACUUCCACGAAAAGGAGGCAAAAAGAGUCCACUUCGAUUCAAAACUUAAAUUCUACCUGCAAGACAACCGAUUUUCAUUCAAACAAAAAUUACAAAGAACACAAGAAUACUGCAAAAAAAGAAUGUUUUACAUGCCAAAACAAGAUUCCUAUUUGGUGUGUCCUUAAUGGCUCGAUAUGUAAACACAAGAUUAGAUUUGAACAGUAAUGAUUCAAAUUUCUGAAACAUGGAUU